CAGUUAUUUUAUUAAUAUGGCAAAAUACCAAGGAAAAGUCUACCUUGGAUACGAGGAAGAAUUAAUUGCCGAAAAGAAUCAUUCUCAGCUGAAUUAUACGAUCAAUAAGAUUGGCGGAUUACCUGAUUGGCCUCCAUUUAAAGACAUUAAACUUGCAUCCAAAUGUCCUCUAUGCAGUUUACACCGGUUAUUAAUAGUACAGUGCUAUGCACCAUUAGAAGGCUCAGUAUAUCAUCGCACACUUUAUGUUUUUGCCUGCAUUAAUCCAACCUGCUGGACACAAUCUGAAAGUUGGACAUGUGUUAGAAGUCAAAUAAAAGAUGAACCCAGCAAAACAAGUGCAGUUGUGUGCAUUCCAAGCAAAGAUACUAACUUAAGCUGGUGCAAGGGCUCUGAUGACUGGGAUGAAAAUGACAAUGGCGAUGCAACAAAUGGAAAUGUUAUGUUUGUUGACAAUAACCCUCUUGGCAAUAGUGGCAUGCAAAGGAAUUCAGAUGAGGAAGAUGAGAGCAAUUCCUACGACUUGGAAACUGUUGAGCAAGCGUUGGGUAACUUACAAGUGGAUGCACAUAAUGCUAACUUGUCACCAGUACAAGGUGCUGUGGGUGCAAUUGGAGCCCCCGUGCCGGUAGCAGAACUAGAGGGGGGCGACGAGUCGGGAUUAGUCAUAGUGGAAACACCCACUGCACCUAUUAACAACAUGGAGAUGCUGUUUAACCAAAUGACAGAACUGCCUCCAGAUAUACGAACAUGUCUUUUGUCUGGGCCGCUACAGUUUGUUCCUAAAUACAUUUACGUGGAAGAAGAGUGGAAUAAGACAUGCAACGAUAAUGACAACGAUAAAGUUACUGAACUUCUUAACCAAUACAAAAGGGACAAUGAGAUCGAAGUGGGCAGUGUAGCGGACAGAGUCGCGGCUGGUGGCUCGGGGUGUGACGAAGAAACGUAUGAGGAUGCGGCGCCGCUGCACGGAGACCGUCUUUUCCACGCGUUCCUGACACGAUUGCAUCAGAACCCUGGCCAAAUACUUCGAUAUUCAAGAGAGGAGCCUCCACUACUCGGGGCACCGCUUCCGACUUCCGAGAACACAACCGACUCGCCACACAUGCCCACUGUAUGUAAGCGAUGCGGUUCCGGCCUCGUCUGCGAACUGCAACUAGUUCCCGCCUUCGCGGACACAUUGCGCAUACAUAACAACAAUUUGCCGUUGACGCAUCUCCACUUCCUGUCUGUUCUCAUAUUCACGUGCUCGCAAAGCUGCUGGCAACCGAACGACAGGCUGGUUGAGGAGACUGUCCUGUUUCAACCGGAAGUCAUUUAAAAGUGGAACGGACAUUUUCCACGAACCAAUAACGAUCGCGCAUAAUAUCAUCAUGUUAACCGAAAGAUGUCAACUGCUGGACGUAUUAUGUAUUUUUGAGGGUUUUUCACUGUACAUUAUUACAUGUACCGAUGAAUUCAACGAUUUUAUCCACCCAGUGAGGGUCUAUCAAAGUUGUGUUUUCUGGUGCGGGGUUGCCAUUCAAGCGCUUUGCAACCAGUUUUGCAAAAAGCGGGCAGUUUGAUUGGAUGGCAAACCUUAUCCUUUUAGCAAAGAGUAGACGUUACUACCUUUGUGUUUUCUGCUUAAUAAUUCUGAACAUCUGUUUUAAUGAACCCUAUAUUCUAAUUGUACGCUCACGCCAUAGAAAUGGCCAGCAAUGAAUGGCAGCCAGAAAGUGGGGAUGAAAUGCAGUCUAGUAGCUUUUGUAUCCCUUGGCACUUAUCCCCAAAUACUAGAUAAGUUCUAACACGCAUGCAAAUUGUUAAACCAACUCCCAUCUUAAAUUGUUCCACCAAAAUUAUUAGUUUAAGUUAUUUAGGAAACAGAUAAAUGAUUUAAAAGCUCCCAAAGCAUAGGUGUCCACUCAGGCACUGCAGAAAGUUAUCGUUUGCUCAACAUGGCUAUAAAAGUCUGACUAGAAAGGUCUUUCUACUACAUCAGGGCAUUAGCGGCCCACGACAGGGUCUCCUCUCUGAGCAGAGCAUGGUUUCGGCCAAACUCCACACACAUAAUUGAUAGACUGCACACGCUAUUGUGAACGUUAUGAAAACUUUAGGCAUGCGGGUUUUCUCGCGAUGUUAUCCUUCACUGCUAAAGCAAGUGAGAUUUUAAUUGAAAAAAAAAACUCAUCUGCUACAGGUUAGGUUAGUUAGCUAUUAUUGCAACUCAGUUUGUGAAAAAAAAAGUUAUGACGCCAUUUAUGAAAUAAAUGUUAAUGGAGUGCGUCAGUAACUAUUGCAGUACAUCCAGUCAUGUCCAAUUAAUGAAAUGUGAUGGUCGUUGUUGGUUCAAAAGGUUUUUUGUUGUGUUUCCGCAGUUAUUAACUACUCUCCAGUAGCCAAAUUUUUCAAUAGUCACGUCUAGCAUCUAUGUUUUAAACUGAAAGUUAAGAAUAAUUAUAAUAGCACACGAAUAAAUGAACUUUUAAAUCUUACUGCUUCAAAUUAAAACUAGUCAGUGGUGGCAAUUCUGUGGAACACAAAUUUCUGAACUAAAUUGAGAUAUCUUAUGGUAGUACUGUCCUUUUCUAAAUUGUUAUUAUGGUAAACGAUAGCACUAUGUUUACACCUGUCAAUUUAGUUUAGUUAAGAAAUGUGCGUAAAUCAGAAUUGGAACCAAUGAAGUCGUUCAAUUGUUUAGAAAUAUUUCAUAAAAUAUAAUAAAAUAAAAUGCAUUAUAAAUAACUGACAACGAAUGAAUUACUUCUACUACCGUUUUCUAGGAGAUUCCUAGGCAUACAUCAACCGUUCACCAAUAGUUAUCACCUAAGAGUUGGUGAAACGUUU